AAGUGAGUAAGCGAGCAAGCGAGCGAGAGAGAGAGAGGGGAGCUGUGGCGCCAUUUCCACCUUCAAAAAAGGGAAAAAAAAUGGAGAAUGAAUCUCAAUCCAUGGCGCCUUUCUCUCUCUAACCCUCUCUCUCCCAAGUUCCAGGCAUGGCGUAAGACAUUCUCUCUCUACUUCUUCAUCCUCACCUCCAUUGUGAUUCCUUUCAUGCAUGGAAGAGAGAGAAAGAGCGGUUUCUUCGUUUGCAGGACCUCAGCGACCAACAGCGAAGAGUGGAAUCGAUCAAAACCCUAGUAGCUUAAUGGAGUCACCCGCUAGUAAGGUUUUACCUCAGGUGAUGAAUAUGGCGAUAAGCAUGAGCAUAGAGAGGAACUUGGGCUCUUCUUCGUCGGAUUCAGUGAAGAAGAAGAGGGGAAGGCCCAGGAAGUACGCACCAGAUGGGAGUUUGGCUCUGGCUUUGACACCAGAGGAUAACAAUGAGCUUAGCCUACCUUCCUCUCCUUUUCUCUUCUCUUCAAAGCGGGGUAGAGGGCGGCCACCUGGAUCUGGAAAGAGGCAACUCCUUGCUACUCUAGGAGAGUGGGUUGCUAACUCAGCCGGAGGGAACUUCACACCUCAUGUCAUCACCAUUUCAACAGGGGAGGAUGUUGCGACGAAGAUAUUGUCAUUCUCACAGAAAGGCCCUCGAUCUAUUUGCAUUCUAUCUGCAAAUGGAGCGAUUUCCAAUGUCACACUUCGUCAACCUGGUUCAUCUGGUGGGACUUUGACGUAUGAGGGCCGGUUCGAGAUAUUGUCGUUGUCUGGUUCAUUCACGCUUGCUGAUAAUGGGGGUUCAAGGACCCGAACAGGUGGGAUCAGUAUCUCAUUAGCUGGCCCUGAUGGCCGUGUCAUCGGUGGUGGAGUUGCUGGUCUGCUACUUGCUGCUAGUCCAAUACAAGUUGUGGUGGGAAGUUUCACACCAAACAGUCAAAAGGAUCAGAAAAGGAAGCAUAUGAUGGAAUCCUCCACCCCUUCUCCCCUUCUUCAAGGUGGCAUAACACCAGCUGUCCCCCUGUCUCACAUGACACCACCACCACCAUCAGCUGAGGAAACUCACACCACCACCACCAAUAAGUCAAUGCCCAGCCCAACUGCUAACAAUCAGGCAAAUAUUACAAAGCCAAGCUUAACUUCUUUACAUUCACCAACUGCUUGGUCAGGCUCUCAAUCUACAAGGGUAGAUCCUAUGCUUUCUACCGAUAUCAACAUGUGUUUACCUGGUGAAUAAAGAGAGACAGGUGGCAUAGGAGAAGUUGUUGGGUUUUCCCCUUUCUUUUUCAUUAUGCUUCAGUUAUCCUAACAUUUUCAUUCGUCUUAGUCUAACUUAAAGAAGAAUUGAUGUAUGGUUAGGGUGACUAACACAUACACAUUUGAUAGGGAGCUGUAAAGUUUAGUUGAAUUUGGAUGAUGUUUUAAUGGGACUUUUGAGCUGUUCUAAUUU